GUGUGUCCGUAUCAAUGCGCGGAGGGAAAGCACAGCAGCUGUGUGUGAGAGAAGCCUUGGUCACAUUUCUGACACCUCUGUCUGUUUCUAAGACAAAUUUCCUUUAACAACCAUGAAGUUUCAAUACAAAGAAGAGCAUCCUUUUGAGAAGAGGCGAUCAGAGGGAGAGAAAAUCAGGAAGAAAUAUCCAGACAGGGUUCCUGUAAUUGUGGAAAAAGCUCCUAAAGCCAGAAUAGGUGACCUAGACAAGAAGAAAUACCUGGUCCCCUCUGACCUGACGGUGGGCCAGUUUUACUUUCUCAUCCGAAAACGAAUCCACCUGAGAGCCGAGGAUGCUCUCUUCUUCUUCGUAAACAACGUCAUUCCGCCUACCUCUGCCACCAUGGGCCAGUUGUACCAGGAACAUCACGAAGAAGAUUUCUUCCUUUACAUCGCCUACAGUGACGAGAGCGUGUAUGGAGAAUAGAGCCAAAGGGAAAUGACCCUCACCCUCCUCUCUUUCUUCCUUUUAAAACAAUAUAUAGACGUCAUGCUGGCAGCCUAGAGCUCUCAGAACUGAAGUAUCAGAUGCACUUUUGCUUAAAUUUGAUCAUAUCUCCUUUCAUGUUUUUAUCCUUUGGUUUGACAUUCAUUUCUGAUGUUUAUUAAGAAUUAACUAAGCAGUUUUUCAUUAUUCCUACAAAAUUGUGUCUUACAAAACGGUCAGGCACUUGCUCUAAUACAAUGGAAAUGCCACUGAUACUGUUAUAUUUUGAAUUGAUUUCAGCUUUUGUUUCCUAGUCAUGCUCAUUUCAGAUAUUUCUGACCAUAAACGAAUGUUUGCUCUUUCUAGAUGGUUUCUAACUAGCAUGUGCAGUCCAGCACUCGCUGGUCAGUCAGUUGAAAAUUCGGACUGAAGUGUAUUCUGUUAUCAGCUAAAUCUAAUAUGCUGUUGUUACUUUGAUUUACUUUUAUUAUUGUACCUAAAAAUGUAGAUGGGUAGAUUUAUUUUAAGUUGUAAAUCUAAAGUGCAAGUUUUAUUUGCAAUUUUUUUUUUUUUUAUCUUGGUAUUCAGUUGUAUUUCUGGUACCCUUGACGAUGACCAUAUAAACCAAACGCACGCAAAA